GGGGGUACAAAGAACGGGAUUCUGCCUCGCACCCAAUCAGAGAGCACGAUCUUUGCGACUGCAUCCAGAUCUGGUUCGCCGUGCUUCAGGAGACGGCCUUUCAUUCUGGCCAGUUUGUCCAGGAACUCCUCGGGUUCCCACGACCCACCGGCUUCAGGUAACGGAACAUCGGCCUCUACUCGCACCACGCCCUUGAGCACAGUCGCGGUCUCGGUGUCGUGGGCCGACGUUGGCACAAUCCCAGGGCAGUCGAUGAGGUAUAUCCGCCGAAAUGACUGGAUACCAUUUACC